AUGGUCGUAACUGAUUUGUUUCAGUGGGAACAGAACAACUAUCUGGUCGUGGCAGAUUAUUAUUCGCGUUAUAUUGAAGUAGUCAAACUGGAAACCACCACCAGUAGAACUGUUGUGAAUCAUAUGAAGUCCGUAUUUACAAGGCAUGGAAUUCCAUCAGUCGUAAGAAGUGAUAAUGGUCCUCAGUACACUGCCACGGAGUACAAGCAGUUCGCACAAAAGUGGAAUUUCGAGCAUCAGACUUCGAAUCGUGAAACGCUUGCUAUCGAAAGAAAAACAAGAUGGAAAAGAUCCGUACUUAAGUUUGUUGGAGUAUCGCAACACACCCAUAGGUGA